AGUAGUUCCAUUGUAAGGCUAAAUUCAAAACAAAGAAGCAGUUUUCUGUUCAAUUAAUAUUAUAAAGAAUUUUUUUUGUAUUUUUGUUUCUAGCCCUAGGGCUCGGAAACUACUGAACUUAUUUGCAAAAUUCUUUCACUGUCGGGAACACUACACUAUCGAGGUGUAGGCAAUAUGUUUUUAGUAUAAGUAGAAGUUCCUUUGAGACGCGGGUGAAAACAGUUAGUAUCUAAUUCCUAUUAACAAUGAUUGUUAGAAUUGGGUGUAACUGCAGCCGGUGCAUUUGGCGGGGUGCGUAUAUACACGGGGCGUCCCGGACAUGCAACAGUGAAAGCUUGCACAUCGGCCAACGCGCAAGAUGUGGUUGGCAGCGCUAACGAUCGUGCUAGCGGUCUGCUUGUAUCUGUACUACGAUACCCAUAAGCCGAAGAAGUUUCCGCCGGGACCAAGAUGGGUUCCAAUCCUUGGCUGUGCCAGCGAAGUCUACAGACUUAGAGAAAAAACCGGCUACUUGUAUAAAGCUGUAAAAGAACUCUCUCUAGCAUACUCCAGAGAUGGAUCUCUGCUCGGUCUUAGGAUAGGAAAGGAUAGAAUCGUGAUGGUCAACAGCUUGGAAGCUAACAAGGAAAUGCUUUAUAACGAAGAUAUAGAUGGAAGACCUAAAGGAAUAUUCUAUCAAACGAGAACUUGGGGAGAACGCCGAGGAGUAUUACUUACUGAUGGAGAGCUCUGGAAGGAACAGAGACGAUUUCUUUUACGGCAUUUGAAGGAGUUUGGAUUCGGACGUCGAGGAAUGGAAGACAUCGCCCGGUCGGAAGCUUCGCAUAUGGUCAACGACGUCUUGGAGACAGUUGGUGAUGGCGAUGCAGCCGUCAUACAAAUGCACAAUUUUUUUAACGUUUACAUAUUGAACACUCUGUGGACGAUGAUGGCGGGUAUCAGGUAUAAACCUACGGACCCCCAGAUGAAGGUACUGCAAGCCCUUCUAUUUGAUCUAUUCGCCGCCGUAGAUAUGGUGGGUACACUUUUCAGUCACUUUCCUAUACUCAGCAUUAUGAUGCCCACAUUGUCUGGUUACAAAGACUUUGUAAGAACGCACAAAAGAAUUUGGAAGUUCCUUCGUGACGAAUUAGCGCGGCACAAAGAGAGGUUUGAUUCCUCUCAAGAAGAUCGAGAUUUUAUGGAUGUGUACAUUAGAGUUUUGAAGGAGAAGGGAGAAGUGGAUACGUACUCGGAAGGGCAGCUGGUGGCCAUGUGUAUGGAUAUGUUCAUGGCUGGGACGGAGACGACCAGUAAGAGCAUGAGCUUCUGCUUCAGUUACCUGGUGAGGGAGCAGGAAGUACAGAAGAAGGCUCAAGAAGAGAUUGAUAGAAUCGUCGGCAGGGAUCGGACACCGAGCUUGGAGGAUCGUCCCAAUAUGCCGUACAACGAGGCCAUUGUCCACGAAUGUGUACGGCAUUUCAUGGGGCGCACCUUCGGCGUCCCUCACCGUGCCCUGAGGGAUACGACGCUCGCUGGAUAUUUUAUACCAGAGGAUACGAUGGUCCUGAGCAACUUCACAAACAUCUUGAUGGACGAAGAGAUGUACCCUGAGCCGUACUCGUUCAAGCCAGAACGGUUUCUAUCUGAAGGGAGGAUCUGCCUGCCAGAUCACUACUUUCCGUUCGGCCUAGCCAAGCACAGGUGCAUGGGUGACGUGCUGGCCAGAUGUAACAUAUUCGUCUUUACCACGACCAUGCUGCAGAGGUUCUCGUUCUUACCAGCUCCUGAAGAACCCUUGCCUUCCUUAGACCAUGUGGACGGUGCCACCCCUUCAGCAGCUCCAUUCAAAGCUCUGGUGGUACCGAGGACAGCCUAAUCUUUGCAAACUUUAUCGAAUUUCUAUAAAUCUACAUACGAAUAUAUUUAUUUCUUGAUGUGUAGUUUAUUAGAUAUUGAAGCAUCGUAGAUAUUGUAGUUAAAAUUAAUCACGUUUAAUGAAUGUAUUCUGUUGAAAUGUAGUUAGAAGACAUUUUUGAAUAUUCGUUUAGAGAGUUUUGACUGGUUAGUUUUAGGAUUCGAAACUUUUUUGCAUUUUUCUUGUUAGCAUCGAAUUUACACGUUUAUAGUAGUUGAAUUUAUAGUAGGUAUUGUUAUUAGCUCAAUGUUUGUUAGUAGCGAACUCACUAUUGACAGAGAUCCCUCAGAUCUCUUUUUCUUAAUUUUAACCUUCAACACAAUGUAGAUAUUUCUUUGUCUGUGAUACGGUAGCUCAUAAACAGAUGAUUUUGAUAAUUUAAUUUUCGAAAUUGUUGUCAAUAAUUAUUCAAUUGAAUGAUGUACCAUUCAUUGUACAUUCCUAAAUCUUUGUCACAUUCCUAAACAAAACCUGUUUUGCUUGAAUGUAAAUGAGAGUAUUUUUGAUAAAAAAAUCUUGCAGGAUUUUAAUAUUUAUGUAUCUUAUUUUUAUAUUAGGGUGAUUCACACACGGCGCCGCACUCCACAGCGGUUAUUUUGUGGUUCUAACUUUUAUAAAGUCACUGCUCGUCCGCGCGGUCAAAUCCGCGGAGAUGCGCGGUGUCAUGUGUGAGUUAUCUCAUAUUUUUUUACUACUUUUAGUAGGUACUUUGAAAGUAUUGUUUUUAUCUCUAAAUUGUCCCCACGUGUGGUUGUGAUCGUGUGUUAGUAGAAAAUUUUGGAGUUCUGUAUUUACUAAAAGAUCGAUCAGUAUUUAUUUAUGGACUUUAGGAAAUUAAAUGUAUUUUAUAUAUCUAAACUUUUGGAAUAUUGUUAAAAAUUUUGAUGUCCUGUACCUACAUAUUUUAUCUUGAUGUGUGAUGAAUGAGACUUUGCCGUUUGAAACAAUAAACUGUUAAAAAUGGCCCUGUGUAAUCACUGUAAAUGACUAAGAACUUGGGCAGUGAAGCUAUUACAGUUUUUAAGCCGCAAAGUAAUUACUUUAAGAAUAUCUUCGAUUAGUAUGUGUAAAUGAGGGUUACAAACGAAUUCCUAAGUAUAAUGCACUUUAGCACUUGAUUUGCAACUUGUGGUAGAAAUUCCAAAGAAUAUUUUUUUAGGAAAUAAAAAAGUUCUAUAGUAUACACUUGUCAUUAAUGAAUUUUAAUAAAUACUUGUGGUUAAAAGCAUGUUCUACGCUCUAUGACUCGCUGCUUCGCGUUUUCGCUGGGAAAAAGUUAAAUUAACGUACAUACUAUUGACUUCCUUUGGAUUUCUAUCAAAAGUUGUACGAACUUAUUAUUCAACGAAAAAAAAAGUAUUUACAUACUUACCUAAUUAAGAUAAUCACUAAUAGAGAUGAAGACUUGAAAUUGUUGUCCAUCUAAAUUCUAGUUAGAAAUAAAAUGU